GGUUACGUUGGAGUAUCAUUCGCAAAGAAGCUAACCGAUCGUGCUUGUUGAAGAGGAUUUGUGCGAGUGCUAGAUCACUUAUCGUCCAAAAAACCGUACCGUGUACCACGUGAAGAUGAAACAGUUCGUUGUGUUCGCUAGUGUGUGCUGUGUCCUGCUGGCAGGACGUGUUGUAUUGUCUGCACCGGCCCCCCAGCAGGCCGGAGGUGCGGGUGGAUCAAACAAUGUGGAAACGUUGAAAUAUUACAGCGAAAACAAUGGACCCGAUGGUUACAAGUUCAAUUACGAGCUGAGCGACGGACAGAUCCGAUCGGAAGUCGGUACCUACCGGGACGUGAAGGAUGCGGAGGGCAAAGACGUUAAGGCGUUGUUCGUGCAGGGAUCGUACUCGUUCGUUGGCCCCGAUGGUCAGACGUACUGGGUGAACUAUACCGCCGAUGAGAACGGUUACCAUCCGAAGGUUGGCACCGGCCCAACGGGUGGAAUUCAACCUGGACAGGAAACGCCCGUAACCAGCUCUUAGAGAAAGAGAGAGAGAGAAAGGGGGGUUGUUCGAGCGAUCGAGCUGAACUGCCAUCAGAAAUGUACUCAGCACACAGCAGGGACACUUACACAGCACAUACUCACCACAACAACACCUACCUGCGUAGAGGGAAUUACAACCCGCAUGCCCAGCGUCAGUGGCAUGCAAAGUCAGUGGCAUUCUAUUUCUAGGCUUAAGGCUAGUCGAUGUAAAUACGAUGCAUUUUUUGUGUUCCUUAGGAAAAUUUUAAGGAAGCUCAAAUAAACGAAGUGUAGGAAAAUGUAA